UGCCGGUGAGUGGCCAAAGUGAACCGAGACAGCGGGGAGUUCAGGCCCGAAUUUGGGGAGCGGCCUGAGGCCGUGGGGCGGGGUUGGAAGCAGCGGCCGUUCCAGCGAUGGCCGAGAGCGGGAGGAGGGGUCUCGGGAGUGAGACCCCGGAGAAGGUGGCUCGGCUGCUCCUGCUGGGGCUGUUGCUGGUGGAGGGCUGCUCGGCGCGAAUCCACCUGCUGGAGCUGACGGGGGAAAAGCGAGCUGCCAUCCACCUCAACAGCUUUGGCUUCUAUGCCAAUGGCACCUUGGAGGUCAACCUCAGCCGGCUGCAAUUCGACUUUGACCAGGCGGGCCAGGCCAAUGAGGUUGGCUUCAGCUUGUCCCGAGUCAAGCCCGACAGCAUCCGCUCCUAUAUGGCCACCGAGCCCCACACCUGUGCCUUGGAUCAGAAGAACAGCAGCAAUCUGCUCAUCCUCUUCCUCAUCAAAAUCAAGGAGAAGCGGGUCCAAGUCCACGAAUUUGGGGUACAGAAGAAGCUGCACAUACGCUCGGGGCUUCUCCCUGAGGGCUGGGAUGUGGCUGCCGAAUCCCAGAGCAGGAAGCUCCCCCAGCCCCAAUGGGGCAAUGGGACCGAUGGACCUAAUCAAGAUUCCGGGGAGCAACUACAGCCGGGACAAGAGGCAGAGAGCCAGGUGGCCAGUGGGAAAGGGGACUUGGUGUUGGCCCUGGGCCACCUGAACAAUUCCUAUAACUUCAGUUUCCACCUGGUGAUCAGCUCCCAGGCAGAAGGACUCUACAACCUCAACUUCCACAACUGCUAUAACAUCAAUCCUGGCCAGGAGAAGCCCUACAACAUCACUGUGAUGAUCCGGGAGAAGAACCCUGAGGGCUUCCUAUCCGCGGCUGAGAUCCCACUCUUCAAGCUGUACCUGGUCAUGGCUGCCUGCUUCUUGGGGGCGGCUUCCUCCUGGGUUUCCAUCCUUUGCAAGCACAGGCACAACAUCUUCAAGAUCCAUUGGUUGAUGGCAGCCUUGGCCUUCACUAAGAGCAUCUCUCUCCUCUUCCGGAGUAUCAACUACUACUUCAUCAACAACCAGGGCCAUCCCAUUGAGGGCCUGGCCAUCAUGUACUACAUCACCCAUCUGCUGAAGGGUGCCCUUCUCUUCAUCACUAUUGUCCUCAUCGGCACUGGCUGGACUUUUGUCAAGUACAUCCUGUCUGACAAAGAGAAGAAAGUCUUCAUCAUUGUCAUCCCACUGCAGGUCCUGGCCAACAUUGCCUAUAUCAUCAUUGAAUCCACAGAGGAGGGCACCAGUGACUAUGCCCUCUGGAAGGAGAUUCUCUUUCUGGUGGAUCUGAUCUGUUGUGGGGCCAUCCUCUUACCUGUGGUGUGGUCCAUUCGCCAUCUUCAAGAGGCAUCCAACAUGGAUGGAAAAGUGGCUAUGAAUCUGGCAAAACUGAAGCUGUUCCGCCAUUACUACGUCAUGAUCGUGUGUUACAUCUAUUUCACCCGCAUCAUUGCCAUCCUGCUUCGAGUCAUUGUCCCCUUCCAGUGGCAGUGGCUUUAUAAUCUGCUGGUGGAGGUGUCCACGCUGGUCUUCUUCGUGCUGACGGGGUACAAGUUCCGCCCAGCCUCCAACAAUCCCUACCUGCAGCUGCCCCAGGAAGAGGAUGAGGAGGACGACAUUCAGAUGGACCAAGUGGUGACAGAAUCGGGCCUGCGGGAAGGCCUAUCCAAAGGCAACAAGACAGCCAAUGGAUGACAGAUUCUCUAAGCUUGGCCAGAUGGGACCCCUGCUGCUGCUGGCCCUCAUCCCCGGGAUUUGGACAGUAUGAACUCCUUCUCUUCCCCCUGGCUGGGGCCCUCAUUCCAGAGUCUCAUGGAACCCCCGGCUCCCUCCCCCCUGCUUUGAGUUGGGGCCAUCUCCUUCCCUUCUCCCCACCCCCAAAACUGACUUCACCGUUGGUCCCCAGCCUCCUUGCACUUUUGGGAUGGCUUGGUUCUCACUCUUCCCCUCCCUCUCUCUGCACGUCUCCACAGUCGUGCACCAGGCCUGCUGGGACCAGCACCCCCUCCCUAUCACCCAUUCCCCUCUCCUUCACCUGAAUGGGUGGCUGGGCCUUGGAAGGACCAAACUGCUGGGGUGGGGCUAGGCCUCAUUCCCUUCUGUUACAGCCCCCAGACUCCUCCUUAGGGCCUCACCAGGGCCCACAUUGGGGCCAAGCUGGCUAUACAGGGGGAGGGAGCAGGGUUAGGUUCUGGGCCUCUAGCAUUCUCUGUCCUGGCAGGAAAGCGGCUGGAGGCAAGGGUGCAGCUGCAUGGGCUGCCACUUUGGGGAUAGGGGGUGGGGUUGGGGCAAUGAGUGGGGUGCAGGGGUUCUGUCUCCCCUCAGCUCAUUCUUAUGGUCAGACACCUCCCUUCCCACCCCCAAACUGGGCCUCUCCUUUCCUUGCCAAGGGUCCAGUUGUCUAGGUACGAAGGUCCGUCCCCUCUUUGCUUAAGUUAUUGUCCCGGACCUCGGUGGGGUUCCUCUCUUCCUGUUCUUCCGGCCCCUGCUCCCUCAGGUCGCGCUCUUUACUAUACUGUGUGCUAGCACCUGCUGGUGUACAAUAAUCACCCUCUUUUUGCUAA